CAGCAUUUUAUUUUGCAGUUUACAGUUUGAUCAAUGUACAGUUUUACAGUUUAUUCGUUGUUAAAGUUUUAUUUUCUGUGAAUUACUAGUGCCGACUACAAUAAGAUGCAGCAGACCGAAAACUUAAGGAAUGUGGGGAUCGCGCCUGAUCCUGACGCGGCGAGGGGAUUCUUUGGGUGUCAGUGCGAGCUGGGCAGAGAGAAGCUGCUGACUGCCCCGCCUUACCGGACCGGGGACAGGGAGGAUGCAACGGACAGCAGGACGCUCACUGCUCCAGGCGGUCGAGGGAACCAGCCUGUAAAGAACCCGCUGAGCCACAUCACGGUCACCUUCAGGUCCCCCCUGCACCCCGGCGAGGCUUACAGCAAGCUCUUCCCCGCCGGCACCCCCGUCAAGUACCUCAAGCGCAAACUAGCCAAACUACUCUCAGUGGCCAACAGUAACUUAAUACUCGCAAAGAACCGCACCAUACUGAAGGAUGCGACCCUCCUCUCAGAUGUCAGGACCAACGCAAUGGGAAACACCGUCAUCGAUGUGUUCACAAAGGAUUCUUGCGAUUUCUCCCUAUCCUCCAUACCGAAAGAGGCUUACGUGUUGGACUUAUUAAAUUCAGUUAUCCCAAAGAAACCGCCAAUAGCAUUUAUAGCGGUAAAAUUCAAAAUACGGGACCAGAAUCAGAGCUUUACGCGUUCGUACCACUCUAUCAUGAGAAUUCAGGAGAUAAAGAAGAAUUUAGCCGGGCUAUUCCGCGUUGAUCAUGAAAAUAUCGUGCUGCUGCGUGGGGAAAAUCCUCUUAUGGAUAGGAUGGUGCUGCACGAUAUUGACUACGAUAAGUUUGGCAACGUGGAUGUGGAGCUUAUAAUGAGGGGAGGAGAGAAACUUGACCUGGACAAAUUGUAUAAGGAGUUGCCCAUGAACGAUGUGCUCACGGUGUCGGUCCCUCUCGGCCACACAACUAAGCACAUCAACGUAGAAAUAUUUUUCGAGCCAAUCGACAAACCGUAUUUAGGAGGAUAUAAGAAUAUUUACACUGGUACUGUUUACCACCAUGCCUACACGCAAACUGGCCCAAAAGCUGAAAAGGUGCUUCCAGAGAACAAACGAUCGAGGGUCACACAAACCGCUGAAGAGAAGGAAAGACUUUUUGACACCGCGUACAGCCGCGCGACGCAAAUGGGCAGCGUAUCCGUAUACAUCCCGACGGUCACGGACCGGAUCGUGGCGCCGCGGCCUUACGAGACAUAUGACGAGAUGGUACAGAGACUGAACCACGACCACUAUGCGACCGUCAUACAACGCGCGUAUAGGAACUAUGUGUUCAGGAAGAAAGUGGCGAACUGGAUCAAACUUUGUUUGGAACGCAUAGCUCGCUUGAAGGAGCAAGACCGACUGGAGCGGGAAGCCAUGGAGAAGCGACUGAGGCGGGACCUCAUCACACACACCUUCCCGAGGACCAGGGAGGACUUCGACCAGCUGUAUGCGAUGGUGGACCGGUGGAAGCACGCGGAAAUAGCAAGGAUCUCGUCACUGCACUCGAAGGGACCUAAAAUAGCCGAGUUCACGUUGUUACUCGACAAAGAAGUAGAACUACUGCGCUGCAUUGAAGCUUACCGGAUUAAAGUGAAGGAAGACGAUAAAAAACUCAAGGAAAAGUCUUUCUUAGAAGAAAUAUCUAAGCCCAUCGUGUGGUACGGGAAGGACGGAAAAAUCAUAACAAUGGAGACCGUUGAAAUACAAAAGGCCAGAAAGUUAAAGGAACUUUACAAUUCUUUCAUACGGGAAGACAUGGAAACGAAGGAACGCUUAGAAUUACUUGUGGAAAUGAAGUUCGCCUUACAAAGCUUCCAUCAUCCGUUGGCCGAAAACAUCAUAACACUUCUAGAUCAAGAAGCAGACCUGAUAGUGCGCAGAUGUAGCGUCCACCAGUUGGAAUAUCUACGGCGUCGCAUCGCAGGAAACAUAUUCCAGUUCAUAAAGAAUUCCGAGUUGAACUCUGGAGUGACGAAGUGCAAGGAUCUACGACAGAUUCGUAAGAUGCAACACGAUCGCUUGCAGUUUUGCGAAAUGUGCAGUCACGUCAAGCACUACACGGAAUUUCCUCUGCAUACAAAGAUGAGUGGUUUCAUCGUCUGCCAGUCUUGCUCGUGGAAAGACGUCGGCGAGCGCAUCUGGGUCGAUAUGACUCCUUACAAGUUCAUCCUCAGGGCAGUGCAGAGAGAUGAGCGGCGGCGGAAGUGCUGGGGCUCCGUGGCCUUCGUUCUACAGGAGAAAGACGUCUUCUUCAUAGUAGAAAAGCUUUGGCACGCGCACUCCGCUAUAAGCGAAGUGUCAGACAUAACAGAGUUACGACUCUGCCGCUGGGACGUCAAAGAAGAUUGGUCGCCGUGGAACUGUUUCUUGGUAACAGUUUCGGAGAUGAAGGCGCAUUUGAAGCUGGAAGACCCCGAGUUGGUUUACGACGAGGAGCUGGUGACGAAGAUAAAGAACAAGCACAAGCUGGCGCGGGCCAACUUCGAGCAUCUGCUGGCAGUGGACAAGCGGUUCACGGAGUCUGGGGACUGGCACGGGGUGCGAGCCACGGCCGUCGAUCGCACGGGCGGCGUCGAACCUUGCUGUGGAAAUGAAUAAGCAAUCCCCAUGAAGUCUAGCCAAAGUAUAUGUAUAAAUAAUUUUAUGACGAAUUAACUAUGUUAUCGGUUGCGCGUCUUGAUUCCACCGACCAAUCAAGUAGUGUGGUGCUACUGGCAACUGGCAAGCAAUAUCGUUGUGUAACGCGGGCCGGUGUUUUUUCCGACCAUAGAAGACACUCUAGUUAAUAGUAGUAGCUAAUUUUACCAUGAUAUGCGGUCGGUUACUUCAUUUCAGCAUAGCUAACACUGACUCAUGCAGUGUGAGUUAUGCAAUAUUCAACUUAUAUACAAAUGUGGACUCUUACCAUAAAACUAGACAGUAUUUAACAGGUGUUUAGCGCUGUCAAACGCCUACAAAAUCUGUGAAAUUUCAUUUUAAACAAGCACAGUUAUUUUUUUGGAAAUAAGUCGACAGCGAUACUUACAUGUAUAAUGAUUAUCUUCCUAGCUGAAAUAUUGUAUAUCUCACAUUUUUUUUCCAAUAUUACAACUGAGUAUGUAUUGUCUGAUCCUUGAUAUAAAUUGAAAUUAGACUGAAACGCCUUUGUCUAUUGUGUAGACAUGAGGCUCCCAAAAUUAUGACUAAAACGAAUUCUGUUGCCAACAAUAUGGCCAAAGUAAGAUAUUGGUCAACAUCUAUAAUUUUCUUCUACAAUUUUAUUAUUAGUAGGUAAAACUUAAUUAAAGUCGCUCCGCAAAUCAGCAGUUAAUCAUAUUAAAUAGUUAUAAAAUAAAAUUUAUAGAAUUU